GAAAAGGGUAAAUUGGAGAGUGAAUUGGCGGGAACAAAUCGAAGCCCAGAAAGUUCACAUAUAAAUACAGCCCCUACUUCUGCUAAACCAUUUCUCCAAAUUUCAAAACCUCUGAUUCGAAAAUGGGGAAAAGAAAGAAAGCUAGGGUUUCUGAGCAAAAGCAAGCACGACAAGUCGAAGAAGAAGAAGAACAACAACAAAGCGACGAGGAUCACAACCCCACUUCCACCAACGAGAAGACCCUCUACGAGGUUCUUGGAGUCGAUGGACGCGCCUCUCAACAGGAAAUAAAGAAGGCGUAUUAUAAGUUAGCGUUGCGACUCCAUCCUGAUAAAAAUCCCGGCGAUGAGGAAGCUAAAGAGAAGUUUCAGCAAUUGCAAAAAGUGAUAUCAAUUCUUGGGGAUGAGGAGAAACGGGCACUCUAUGACCAGACUGGUUGCAUUGACGAUGAUGACCUUGCUGGUGAUGUUGUUCAGAAUCUGCGUGAAUAUUUCCGAGUCAUAUAUAAAAAGGUCACUGAAGCUGAUAUUGAAGAGUUUGAAGCAAACUAUAGAGGAUCCGAUUCAGAGAAGAAAGAUUUGAUUGAUCUGUAUAGCAAGUACAAGGGUAAUAUGAACAGACUCUUCUGUUCAAUGCUUUGUUCAGACCCUAAACUUGAUUCACACCGUUUCAAGGAUAUUCUUGAUGAGGCAAUAGCUGCAGGAGAACUGAAAUCAACCAAAGUCUACACGAAAUGGGCAAAGAAAGUAUCUGAAGCAAAACCUCCUACUAGCCCUUUAAGGAGGAAGGACAAACCAAAGAAACAGUCAGAGGAUCUGUAUGCAAUCAUAUCUCAGCGCCGAAAUGAGAGGAAAAACCAGUUUGAUUCUAUGUUCUCUUCUCUAAUUUCCAAAUACGGCGGGAGUAGUGCUGCUUCAGAACCCUCAGAAGAAGAAUUUGAGGCAACACAGAAAAAACUUGAAAGGAAAAUGUCCAGAAAAUCAAAGCACAAGUAACUUGACCUCCUGAUAGCGUGCACAAAUUUAUUUUUGCAAACAAUGUAAUGCCCUUUUGUUAGAUAUCCAAAUGUGCAUGAAAAUUGUAUGUGACCUUUUCUUCUGUUCGUGGUUUUAGAUGCAUUUUCCCAAUGCUAAUGUGCUUGUGACCAG